AAUAAUAUAUUGCCAUCUUGUGAGUAAUAGAUGCAAUAAAUAAUACCCCCACUUUUAUCUUAACUAAACGUCCAGAACUACUUGAAAGUUGUCAUGUCAAUGUAGUAAAUUGUCCAAUCAGAAAGCAAAUACCUUGGAUGUUAGAGAGUGUGUAACUGAUAGAAGACAAACUGGUGUAAAAGUGAGAUAGGAAAAAGGAAAAAAUGUUAUUUUUUUCUAUGAUCUUGUGCUGUUGUGACCUAUGAUUGUGACGGUUGUGAUCUACUUAGUAAAUUUAUUCAAAAACGUCCAUAAAAAAGUGAUUAAACCUAACGGGAAUCUUCGAUACAUUUCGAAACUGUUACAAAAUUAGUACAAAAAUUUGUAAUAUAUUGGUAAUAUUAUGUAGAUAAAUUUCGUUAUCGAGUGACUGAAUCAUACAAUACGAUAUAAAUUCGUCUAUAUUAAUAAUACAAGUUUAAUUAGCGUUAAAACAUUUAAAAAUGUGGAUGCCAACUCACGUUCAAGUAACAGUUCAAAAGGCAGCUGGCCUUUUAAUUAAGGGCAAAAACAACACCAACGAUUGUUUCGUUACUAUUGCACUUGGAAAAACGAAAUUUCAAACAUCCGUGAAAGAAAAAGCUGAAGCUACAGUAGAAUGGUUCGAAGAAUGCGAAUUGCCGAUCCCCGAUCAAGGAAACACAGCAGAAAUUAUCUUAACAGCUUUACACAGAAAUUUUUUGGGGGUUGACGAAUUUUUAGGACGCGUUGCGAUUCCUUUAAAUACCUUGGACAUUUAUGAGCGACCUAAAAAUAGAUUUUAUUCUUUGCAGAGUAAACAAGGUCAAGAAUCGAAAAAUAAGGACAGGGGCAAAUUAGAAGUGAAGAUAGCGUUUACGGUAAAAUCGGGUAGCUUAACUGAUUUGAGUAAGAAAGAAAAGCACAAAUCAUCCAUUGGGCAACUCUCAAACGUUGCGCAAUCCGUCGGAGGAAGCUUAUUAAGCAUUGGAAGCAUUGAAAAGCGUAAAGGUGGCCUUAAAAAGUUCGCGAAAUCGCUUGGUUCUAAAAUGCAUCUCAAGGGUAAGAAAAAAGAUGAUGAUGAUAGCUCCUCUUUGGGCAGCGUUGGCAGCUUAAGGAGCCGAAAUAACAUAUCCGAGGUGAACCAAAGCCGACAAACCGCCGAAGAUGCUGAUCCAGGAGUUGUUAGCGACGAUGAAGAUUUCACGUUUGAUGAUUUAUCCCAUAAAAGCUCUGGAAGUUCACUUAAUCAACCCCCUCCACAAAACAACAACGUCAAAAUCAAAGUGGAUAGCCCAGAAGAAGAAGGCUCUAGAAGACACACAGUAGCUAUUAUUCCAACAAAACCCCCUAGAAAUGAUAUUAAAACUCAAGAUGAAUGGGAUUUAAAAUUAUAUGGAAAUAAAUCGAAAAAUUUACUAAAGCCAAAUGGAACGGAAUCUUUAAACCGAAGAUCAUGGGAAUCCCCGACUUUAUCCUUACGAAUCGAAGAAGAAGAUGACACCGAUUUAAAACGAGCCGAAAGUGAAGAACUCGUUCCGCCGCCUCAAAAAGAACGAGAAAGUCGAUUUUCCAUUUUAAAACCUUUCAGAAAAGAAAAAAGUGAACCAGAUUUAAAAAAAGAAAAACUAUCGAGUGAACGUAUAAUAAUUGGCGGUGAAAAUGAUUCCGUGAAUAAUCAUAAUUCAUCGAAUGGUAGGGUUUCGAAUGAAUUGAUGCAAAAAUUUGAAGGUAAAAGUCGCGAAGAUUUGAUAUUGAUGGUUUGCGAGUUGCAAAGCGAUGUGGAGCAUGGCAAAAAGAAAUUAAAAGAUUUGGAGGAUUAUUUGGACGAUUUGUUGCUGAGGGUUAUGGAAACUACGCCGAGGUUACUUCAAAACCCUUACAUUCAAUGUAAACUGACUCAGAAAUUAGGUUAGGAAAAUGUUAAUGAAACAUCACAGGUAACCAAAGUAAAAAAUUAAAUAAAUAAAGGUUUUCUUGU